CGAUAGGCUCCUCCUCCCAAAUGGCCUAGAAAAAUGGAAAGCUAAGCAAUGUUUAACUUUUUUAAAGCGCGCAGAUUUUCCUCUCUUGGGUCUCUCCUGUGCGCGAGCCCGCGAACUCCCCCCUCGACUUCGAGUCACGUGCACCGUCUGGGGCGCACGUUCGGACUCCCACAUCUCCGGCUGCACGCGGCAGGGUUUCUGUCCAGCAGCAUAACAAGAGGAACAAUGUCUGCCCUCUCAACCCUUUUCAAGUAUAUUGAUGAACAUCAAGACGUAUAUGUGGAGCGGCUUGCAGAAUGGGUUGCAGUACAGAGUGUGUCUGCUUGGCCAGAGAAGAGGGGUGAAAUCAAACGGAUGAUGGAGAUUGCCGCAAAGGAGGUCGAACGACUUGGUGGUACAGUGGAGCUUGUCGAUAUUGGGAAGCAACAGCUCCCUGAUGGCACAGAGAUUCCUCUGCCACCUAUAAUCCUUGGUCAGCUUGGUUCUGAUCCUAAAAAGAAGACCGUAUGCAUCUAUGGCCAUUUGGAUGUGCAGCCAGCCAACAUUGAUGAUGGUUGGGAUUCUGAGCCUUUCACUUUGGUGGAAAGAGAUGGGAAGUUGUAUGGAAGAGGAUCAACAGAUGACAAAGGCCCAGUCCUUGCUUGGUUUAACUGCAUAGAGGCUUAUCAAAAAACAGGAAAGGAAUUGCCCAUCAAUGUCAAGUUCUGCUUAGAGGGAAUGGAAGAAUCCGGCUCAGAGGGGCUUGACAGUCUUGUCUUUGCCCGCAAGGACACCUUUUUCAAAGGCGUCGACUUUGUCUGCAUAUCUGAUAAUUACUGGCUUGGAAAAAGCAAACCCUGCAUCACAUAUGGACUCCGAGGGAUCUGCUAUUUCUUUUUGGAGGUGGACUGCUGCGACAAGGAUCUUCAUUCGGGUGUGUUUGGUGGAUCGGUACAUGAAGCGAUGACUGACCUUAUUGCACUUAUGGACUCACUUCUGGAUAAGAAAGGCAAAAUUCUUGUUCCUGGAAUUUAUGAAUCUGUGGCCCCGCUGACUGACGAAGAGAAGAAACUUUAUGAGAAAAUUGACUUCGACUUGGAAGAAUACUGCAAAGAUAUUGGCACAUGUAAACUCCUGCAUGAAACAAAGGAGCAAAUUCUAAUGCAUCGCUGGAGGUACCCAUCUCUGUCACUGCAUGGCAUUGAGGGCGCUUUCUCUGCUUCAGGGGCUAAAACGGUUAUACCAAGGAAAGUGAUUGGGAAAUUCUCUAUUCGCCUUGUGCCAGACAUGGACCCUAAGGAAGUGGAGAAACUGGUAACCACACAUUUAACCAAAAAAUUUGCAGAAAGGGACAGUCCUAACAAAUUAAAGGUAACUGUCGGACAUGGAGCCAAGGCCUGGGUGUCUGAUUUCAAUCAUCCUCACUACAUGGCCGGCAGGAAAGCCAUGAAAACAGUGUUUGGUGUGGAGCCUGACCUCACAAGAGAAGGAGGAAGCAUUCCCAUUACCCUGACUUUCCAGGAAGCCACUGGCCGUAAUGUCAUGUUACUGCCAGUGGGGGCAGCUGAUGAUGGCGCACACUCUCAAAAUGAGAAGCUCAACAGAUCAAACUACAUACAGGGAACCAAGCUGCUGGGGGCCUACUUUCAUGAAGUAUCUCUUUUAGACUGAUCGUUCUGCGAAGACAUUCAGCACAGUAUUGCAUGCAGCCUGACUGAUUCCUUUUAACGAUUGACACGUUGUCUUUCUGCCAAAUAAUCGUGCAAAUUUGAAACAUGUAUUUGUAGCCACGCCAAAGUAAACGUACUGUUACGAUCUGUGUUCUGGAAAGGAUAGCGCACAGUGCUGGGGGAGAGCUAGUGGAUACAACCUGAGUCUUAUUUGAGAAAAAAUGACCAGUUUAACUGUGAUAAAAUCCUUAAUGACAAACUGCACUUAACUGCUCGACCCUCUACCUGGCACUUCUACCUUGUUUGGUGUUUUAUAGUUCAAAUAAAUCCCAAACACAUACUCUAUAAAGUUUAAUAAGAUGAUCAUUAAUCUCUCACGUUGGCCAAUACAUUUUCGUAAUAUAAAUAAGUUGUUGGGUUCUCUCUCUAGGGCCACAGAGGUAUUUGUGAAAAUUAUGUCAGAUAUGUGGUACAGAGCUUUGUUUUUAUUCCAAAUGGUUUUCAGAAAGGUCUGUGUAUAUUAAUAUAUUUUACUCCGCUUAUUACACCUUGAAACAUAAUGUAUUAAAAACAAGAGGAACAAAGUUGUAUUACCGUCUCUCUGAAUACGGGUGUCUGCGUACGUACUUGAAUAUACCUCACGGUAUUCAGCCUACCUUGUAAUCUGUAUAAUGGGAAUCGACUGCUGCACUGGAAAUAAACUGUAAGUGCUUCUUCAAAAAGA